AUGACCAGUGGAAAAGAUUUCUGUCCAUUGACAGAGACAGACCCUACCUACUACACACAUAUUUUAGGAACCACGGUGGAUUGGAUCAUCUUCAUCAUCGGGCUGCCAGCAAUCAUCGCAGCCAUUCAUGCACUGCGACACCUGGUCAGAGCAGACCAUGUGACCCCUGUGUUUGUCAUCAACCUCCUCAUUUCGGACCUUUUCCAAAUAGCCAUCACUGCUGUGUUUAUCCUUAGCAGGUUCUUUGACAGGACAUUGCCCGUCUUUGUGAUCCUGAGAUGCAUCUCCAGGCUCAUUGUGCGAUUGGGGAUCUCCGCCAGCUUGAGUUUCAUGGUGUGUAUCUCUGUGGAGCGGUACCUCAUCGUGGCCCAUCCCAUAUGGUACCGGAACCGUCGGUCUGUAAAGUCCUCCAUGGUCAUAGCGUGUGGUGCCUGGGCAGCAUGCGGGCUUUAUGCCCUCCUGGAUUUCACACUCGUACACAAUUUCAAUGUGUCUCUGAAGAUAUUGACAGUGAUCCUUCUGAUGCCAGCUCUACCGCUGAUGAUGUUCUGCCCACUCACCUACAGGGCUCUUCGCCACUGCAGGGCCAUACAUCAAGACGAGCGCAGGAAGAUCAUAGGGACCCUUGCUCUAGUUCUGGCCAUAUACAUGUUCAUUUUCCUUCCAUUCUGCAUCAGGAACCUUCACUGCCUCCUAGUGGCCAUCAGUCAUAACAAUAAGUGUCAGGACGACGUGUCACUCGUAGUCACUAGUGCUCUGCUCUACCUGGGCCCCCUCGCAGACCCCUUCCUGUACAUAUUCAUGAGACAGGAUGUCAGGAACACCCUGGUCGCCUCGCUGUGCACUGGGGGGCCUCUCAGACGAGUGGUCUGUACUGGGAGAUCCAGAGGGUCUGAGGAGGAGUCAAGGCAAACAGCCGAGACUUCUGUAAGGCCCAUCCAGGAUAUGGGAAACUCGGUGGAAGAUAUCGGCUGA